CCAACGAUUAUGACUUCUGAACGAGCGGCGCCUUGAUCUCAAUCAUAUAGGACUGAAGAUGUUCCGCUCUUCCAAAUGGUAGUCAGAGCUGAUGAGCGCCGUUUGAUACCCUCCAGAGUUGUUCCUUUCUCCAUAGGCAAUAACCUAGUAACAAUUCGAUUGCUGACUGUUGAAUCCGCUACCCUUGCUCCUUGGUACUUUCUCCCCAGAAGUGGGAUAACUAACAAACCGCCCGAACUGUCCGCGUCUAUCCUCUGUUGGCAAGACAAGCCUUGGCUAGACUUGGCUGUUUGAUAGCAAAGCGCUUGGCUCAGUCGGUUAGAGGUAGGCCACCGCAAAUUACCCCCAAUGAGAUUUUGUGUCCUCCAGGAGGCCCGUGAGCUGCUCGCUGAACCAGACUCUCUCUCUGGGAGAGCAGUGCCUCUGGCUCAGCCGGCUCAGCCUGAGACUCCCCAAAUCCGCCUGCAGCUACCCUAUGGUCUUACAGUCCACUACGUUAAUUGUCCGACUAGCUUGCUAUUCUCUGUGCCUCUACUGGUCACGACGCGCCCAGAAAGCGGAGAUUUUUGCACAUCUUCCACAAAUCGCCGUGUACUCCAAGCCCCAAGCCACGUCCAACCGCCAUCACGGGGAGAAGACGACGCUCGGCACGGGCAGCUCCCAGGCCAAGCCUCAUCCGAAGAGGGCGUCAUGUCGCUGUGUAGGAGGAGCGGCAUGAAUCCCGAUGGGUGGAAUAUUGUAUCGCCUGCCCUGUUCUUGGGUGCUCCUGAUUUGGCCAAGCACGGGCGCGGCACACUGCCCAGCCUUUCCCCUCGUUCUUGGAUUCAACCGUCUCGUCGUCGCCAAGAGCUUCGUUCCAACCUUAACCACGGUUCUGGAUGUAUGGGGGAUUGACUCCAUGCGGGGAACCAUAUUAGCCUGUAACACCCCAACCGUGGAUUGCCUUCUUUUUCUUCCUCUUGCUGUGAUCAAGAUCCUCUCUUCGCUCUCACUUCUCCGUCCGUUUCCAGUGCCUCCUCGUCCUCGACUCCACGCCAUACCACAGCCUCCUG